GCUGGGCCCGGGAGGCUCCGGCGGGCGUGUAUUUCCCCAGAUCCGGGGCAGAGAGGAAAAAAGUUGCAUUUAAACCUGAACUCAAAACUUUCACCAUGAAAUCCCCCCGCGGGAACGGGCCCAGACCGUAAGGCGUGACUCCCGAUCCGGCUCCGGCGGGGCCUGCGGAGGGGGAGGGGGCGCGCUCGCUUCCCGUCGGGGCGCGUGGAUGCGCACAGGAGGGGCCGCCGCCUAAAAAGUGGGUUUUAUUGUCUCCCCCCGCCCCCCGCCCGGCCUGGCCACGCCGCGGCGAUCAUGGCCGCGCGGGCAGCAGCGGCGGCGGCGGCGCGGGCGCGGGCGGGCAGCGGCGAUCGGCGGGCGCCCCCCGGGCCGCGGCCGGCGCCCGGGGCCCGGGACCUGGAGGCGGGGGCGCGCGGCGCGGCGGCGGCGGCGGCGGCACCGGGCCCCAUGCUGGGGGGCGGCGGCGACGGCGGCGGCCUGAAUAGUGUGCACCACCACCCCCUGCACCCCCGUCACGAACUGAACAUGGCCCAUAACGCGAGCGCGCCGGCCGCCGCCGCCAGCACCAACAGCGCCAAGAGCGGCGGCUCCGAGGCGGCUCUCAAGGAGGCUGGAAGCGCCGCCGCGCUGUCCUCCUCCUCCUCCUCCUCCGCGGCGGCGUCCUCUUCCUCCUCGGCGGGCCCGGGCUCGGCCAUGGAGACGGGGCUGCUCCCCAACCACAAACUGAAAACCGUUGGCGAAGCCCCCGCCGCACAGCACCACCACCACCACCAUGCCCACCACCACCACCACCAUGCCCACCACCUCCACCACCACCACCACGCACUACAGCAGCAGCUAAACCAGUUCCAGCAGCAGCAGCAGCAGCAACAGCAACAGCAGCAGCAGCAGCAGCAACAUCCCAUUUCCAACAACAACAGCCUCGGCGGCGCGGGCGGCGGCGCGGCUCAGCCCGGUCCCGACAUGGAGCAGCCGCAACAUGGAGGCGCCAAGGACAGUGCCGCGGGCAGCCAGGCCGACCCCCCGGGCCAGCCUCUGCUGAGCAAGCCGGGCGACGAGGACGACGCGCCGCCCAAGAUGGGGGAGCCGGCGGGCGGCCGCUACGAGCACCCGGGCCUGGGCGCCCUGGGCGCGCAGCAGCCGCCGGUCGCCGUGCCCGGGGGCGGCGGCGGCGGCGGCGGCGGCCCGGCGGCCGUCCCGGAGUUUAACAAUUACUAUGGCAGCGCUGCCCCUGCUAGCGGCGGCCCCGGCGGCCGCGCUGGGCCUUGCUUUGAUCAACAUGGCGGACAACAAAGCCCCGGGAUGGGGAUGAUGCACUCCGCCUCAGCCGCCGCCGGGGCCCCCAACAGCAUGGACCCCCUGCAGAACUCCCACGAAGGGUACCCCAACAGCCAGUACAACCAUUAUCCGGGCUACAGCCGGCCCAGCGCGGGCGGCGGCGGCGGCGGCGGCGGAGGAGGAGGAGGCAGCGGAGGAGGAGGAGGAGGAGGAGGAGGAGCAGCAGGAGCGGGAGCUGUGGCGGCGGCGGCCGCGGCGGCGGCAGCAGCAGCAGCGGGAGGCGGCGGCGGCGGCGGCGGCUAUGGGGGCUCGUCCUCGGGGUACGGGGUGCUGAGCUCCCCCCGGCAGCAGGGCGGCGGCAUGAUGAUGGGCCCCGGGGGCGGCGGGGCCGCGAGCCUCAGCAAGGCGGCCGCCGGCGCGGCGGCGGCAGCGGCGGCGGGGGGCUUCCAGCGCUUCGCCGGGCAGAACCAGCACCCGUCGGGGGCCACCCCGACCCUCAACCAGCUGCUCACCUCGCCCAGCCCCAUGAUGAGGAGCUACGGCGGCAGCUACCCCGACUACAGCAGCCCCAGCGCGCCGCCGCCGCCGCCGCCGUCGCAGCCCCAGUCCCAGGCGGCGGCGGCGGCGGCGGGGGCGGCGGCGGGCGGCCAGCAGGCGGCCGCGGGCAUGGGCUUGGGCAAGGACAUGGGCGCCCAGUACGCCGCUGCCAGCCCGGCCUGGGCGGCCGCGCAACAAAGGAGCCACCCGGCGAUGAGCCCCGGCACCCCCGGCCCGACCAUGGGCAGAUCGCAGAGCAGCCCAAUGGAUCCCAUGGUGAUGAAGAGACCUCAGCUGUAUGGGAUGGGCAGUAACCCUCAUUCUCAGCCGCAGCAGAGCAGCCCUUACCCAGGAGGUGCCUACGGCCCCCCAGGCCCGCAGCGGUAUCCAAUCAGCAUCCAGGGUCGGACCCCAGGGGCCAUGGGAGGGAUGCAGUACCCACAGCAGCAGAUGCCACCUCAGUAUGGACAGCAAGGUGUGAGUGGUUACUGCCAGCAGGGCCAGCAGCCUUAUUACAACCAGCAGCCGCAGCCUCCGCACCUCCCUCCGCAGGCGCAGUACCUGCCAUCCCAGUCCCAGCAGAGGUACCAGCCGCAGCAGGACAUGUCUCAGGAAGGCUAUGGAACUAGGUCUCAACCUCCUCUGGCUCCCGGAAAACCUAACCACGAAGACUUGAACUUAAUACAGCAAGAAAGACCAUCAAGUUUACCAGUUGAAGUCUUGACCUCAGAAGAUACCGCCUUUGGACUCAAGGACCUGUCUGGCUCCAUCGAUGACCUCCCCACGGGAACGGAAGCCACUUUGAGCUCAGCAGUCAGUGCAUCCGGGUCCACGAGCAGCCAAGGGGAUCAGAGCAACCCAGCUCAGUCGCCUUUCUCUCCGCACGCAUCCCCCCAUCUCUCAAGCAUCCCUGGGGGCCCCUCGCCUUCUCCUGUCGGCUCUCCUGUCGGCAGCAACCAGUCACGAUCUGGCCCAAUUUCUCCUGCAAGUAUUCCAGGCAGUCAGAUGCCUCCCCAGCCACCCGGGAGCCAGUCAGAAUCCAGCUCCCAUCCUGCCUUGAGCCAGUCACCAAUGCCGCAGGAAAGAGGUUUUAUGGCAGGCACACAAAGAAACCCUCAGAUGUCUCAGUAUGGACCUCAACAGACAGGACCAUCCAUGUCGCCUCAUCCUUCUCCUGGAGGCCAGAUGCAUCCUGGAAUCAGUAGCUUUCAGCAGAGUAACUCAAGUGGGACUUACGGUCCACAGAUGAGCCAGUAUGGACCACAAGGUAACUACUCCAGACCCCCAACGUAUAGUGGGGUGCCCAGUGCAAGCUACAGCGGCCCAGGGCCCGGCAUGGGCAUCAAUGCCAACAACCAGAUGCAUGGACAAGGGCCAAGCCAGCCAUGUGGUGCUAUGCCCCUGGGACGAAUGCCAUCAGCAGGGAUGCAGAACAGACCAUUUCCUGGAAAUAUGAGCAGCAUGACCCCCAGUUCUCCUGGCAUGUCUCAGCAGGGGGGGCCAGGAAUGGGGCCACCAAUGCCAACCGUGAACCGUAAGGCUCAGGAGGCAGCUGCCGCAGUGAUGCAGGCCGCUGCAAACUCAGCGCAAAGCAGGCCACCAUACAUUAGGUCGCCUGCUUAUCCCAGCCAGUCUGGGGCUGGCGGACGCCCCAUGUUUUCUUCCCAGCACCCCAACUAUGGCAACUCUCAGGCUCCCGUGCUGCACCAGCCUGACCAGUACGGGCAAGGAAGUUUUCCUGGCGUGAAUCAAAGUGGACUUAUGGCUUCCAGCUCUCCCUACAGCCAGCCCAUGAACAACAGCUCUGGGCUCAUGAACACCCAGGCGCCCCCCUACAGCAUGACGCCUAAUAUGGUGAACAGCUCAACAGCAUCUAUGGGUCUUGCAGAUAUGAUGUCUCCUGGUGAAUCCAAAUUGCCCAUGCCUCUCAAAGCAGAUGGUAAAGAAGAAGGCACUCCGCAGCCUGAGAGCAAGUCGAAGGAUAGCUACAGCUCUCAGGGUAUUUCUCAGCCCCCAACCCCCGGCAACCUGCCAGUCCCUUCCCCAAUGUCCCCCAGCUCUGCUAGCAUCUCCUCCUUUCAUGGAGAUGAGAGUGAUAGCAUUAGCAGCCCAGGCUGGCCAAAGACUCCAUCAAGCCCUAAGUCCAGCUCCUCCACCACCACGGGGGAAAAGAUCACAAAGGUGUAUGAGUUGGGGAAUGAGCCAGAGAGAAAGCUGUGGGUCGACCGAUACCUUACCUUCAUGGAGGAGAGGGGCUCCCCUGUCUCAAGUCUGCCUGCAGUGGGCAAGAAGCCUCUGGACCUGUUCCGACUCUAUGUCUGCGUCAAAGAGAUUGGAGGUUUGGCCCAGGUUAAUAAAAACAAGAAGUGGCGUGAGCUGGCAACCAACCUCAAUGUUGGCACUUCCAGCAGUGCGGCGAGCUCCCUGAAAAAGCAGUAUAUUCAGUACCUGUUCGCCUUUGAGUGCAAGAUCGAGCGCGGGGAGGAGCCCCCGCCGGAAGUCUUCAGCAGCGGGGAGACCAAGAAACAGCCCAAGCUCCAGCCGCCCUCUCCUGCUAACUCAGGAUCCUUGCAAGGUCCACAGACCCCUCAGUCAACUGGCAGUAAUUCAAUGGCAGAGGUUCCAGGUGACCUGAAGCCACCUACUCCAGCCUCCACCCCUCAUGGACAGAUGACCCCAAUGCAAGGUGGAAGAAGCAGCACAGUCAGUGUGCACGACCCAUUCUCAGACGCCAGUGAUGCAUCGUUCCCCAAACGGAACUCCAUGACUCCGAGCGCCCCGUACCAGCAGGGCAUAAGCAUGCCAGAUGUGAUGGGCCGGAUGCCCUAUGAGCCCAACAAGGACCCCUUUGGUGGAAUGAGGAAAGUGCCUGGAAGCAGUGAGCCCUUCAUGACGCAAGGACAGAUGCCCACUGGCAGCAUGCAGGACAUGUAUAACCAAAGCCCCUCUGGAGCCAUGUCCGGUCUGGGCCUGGGGCAGCGGCAGCAGUUUCCCUACGGAGCCGGGUACGAUCGAAGGCAUGAACCGUAUGGGCAGCAGUACCCAGGCCAAGGCCCUCCCUCAGGACAGCCGCCAUAUGGAGGACACCAGCCUGGCCUGUAUCCACAGCAGCCGAAUUACAAACGCCAUAUGGACGGCAUGUAUGGGCCUCCGGCCAAACGCCACGAGGGAGACAUGUACAACAUGCAGUACGGCAACCAGCAGCAGGACGUCUAUAACCAGUACGGGAGUUCCUACUCCGGCCCGGACAGGAGGCCCCUCCAGGGGCAGUAUCCGUACCCCUACAGCAGAGAGAGGGUGCAGGGCCCGGGGCAGAUCCAGCCGCAUGGGAUCCCGCCUCAGAUGAUGGGCGGCCCGAUGCAGUCGUCCUCCGGCGAAGGGCCUCAGCAGAGUCUGUGGGCGACACGCAAUGAUAUGCCUUACCCCUACCAGAACAGGCAAGGCCCGGGUGGCCCUGCACAGGCACCUCCUUAUCCAGGCAUGAACCGCACGGAUGAUAUGAUGGUACCUGAUCAGAGGAUCAAUCACGAGAGCCAGUGGCCUUCCCACGUCAGCCAACGUCAGCCUUACAUGUCCUCUUCAGCCUCCAUGCAGCCCAUCACGCGCCCGCCUCAGUCCUCCUACCAGACGCCGCCGUCACUGCCAAACCACAUCUCCAGAGCGCCCAGCCCCGCCUCCUUCCAGCGCUCGCUGGAGAGCCGCAUGUCUCCCAGCAAGUCUCCCUUUCUGCCCUCCAUGAAGAUGCAGAAGGUCAUGCCCACCGUCCCCACGUCCCAGGUCACGGGGCCACCCCCCCAGCCACCCCCCAUCAGACGGGAGAUUACCUUCCCUCCUGGCUCCGUAGAAGCAUCACAGCCAGUGCUGAAACAAAGGCGCAAGAUUACCUCAAAAGAUAUCGUUACUCCUGAGGCCUGGCGUGUGAUGAUGUCCCUUAAGUCAGGUCUUUUGGCUGAAAGUACGUGGGCUUUGGACACUAUUAAUAUUCUUCUCUAUGAUGACAGCACUGUCGCUACUUUCAAUCUCUCCCAGUUGUCCGGAUUUCUCGAACUUUUAGUAGAGUACUUUAGAAAAUGCUUGAUUGACAUUUUUGGAAUUCUUAUGGAAUAUGAAGUAGGAGACCCCAGCCAAAAAGCACUUGAUCACAGUACAGUGAAGAGAGAUGAUAGCCAGUCCUUGGCGGACGAUUCGGGGAAAGAGGACGAAGAUGCUGAAUGUAUUGAUGACGAGGAGGACGAGGAGGAGGACGAGGAGGAAGACAGUGGAAAGACGGAGGCCGAGGAUAAGAGCAGCCCACCUCUGACCUCUCCCGAUGCCUCUGCAGAUCCAAAGGAGAAGCCCAGGCAAGCCAGUAAGUUCGACAAGCUGCCCAUCAAGAUAGUCAAAAAGAACAACCUGUUUGUGGUGGACCGAUCUGACAAGCUGGGGCGCGUUCAGGAGUUCAACAGUGGACUCCUGCACUGGCAGCUUGGUGGCGGGGAUACCACGGAGCACAUCCAGACUCACUUUGAGAGCAAGAUGGAAAUCCCUCCUCGCAGGCGUCCCCCUCCCCCUCUCAGCUCCACAGGUAGAAAGAAAGAGCAGGAAGGCAAAGGGGAUUCCGAAGAGCAGCAGGAGAAAAGCAUCAUUGCAACCAUUGAUGAUGUCCUGUCCGCUCGACCAGGGGCUCUGCCCGAAGAGGCGAACCCUGGCGCCCAGACCGAGAGCAGUAAGUUUCCCUUUGGUAUACAUCAAGCCAAAAGUCACCGGAACAUCAAGCUGCUGGAGGACGAGCCCAGGAGCCGAGACGAGACUCCUCUCUGCACCAUUGCACACUGGCAGGAUUCUCUGGCUAAGCGCUGUAUCUGUGUGUCAAAUAUUGUCCGUAGCUUGUCUUUUGUGCCUGGGAACGACGCCGAGAUGUCCAAACAUCCAGGCUUGGUGCUGAUCCUGGGGAAGUUGAUUCUCCUUCACCACGAGCAUCCAGAGAGAAAACGAGCGCCGCAAACCUAUGAGAAAGAGGAAGACGAGGACAAAGGGGUGGCCUGCAGCAAAGAUGAGUGGUGGUGGGACUGCCUCGAGGUCUUACGGGAUAACACGUUGGUCACGUUAGCCAACAUUUCUGGGCAGCUAGACUUGUCUGCUUACACGGAAAGCAUCUGCUUGCCAAUUUUGGAUGGCUUGCUGCACUGGAUGGUGUGCCCAUCUGCAGAGGCGCAAGACCCCUUUCCAACGGUGGGACCCAACUCUGUCCUGUCGCCUCAGAGACUUGUGCUGGAGACCCUCUGUAAACUCAGCAUCCAGGACAAUAAUGUGGACCUGAUCUUGGCCACGCCUCCAUUUAGUCGUCAGGAGAAAUUCUAUGCUACGUUAGUUAGGUACGUUGGGGAUCGCAAAAACCCAGUCUGUCGAGAAAUGUCCAUGGCGCUUUUAUCGAACCUUGCCCAAGGGGACGCGCUGGCAGCAAGGGCAAUAGCUGUGCAGAAGGGAAGUAUUGGAAACUUGAUAAGCUUCCUAGAGGAUGGGGUCACGAUGGCGCAGUAUCAGCAGAGCCAGCAUAACCUCAUGCACAUGCAGCCCCCGCCUCUAGAACCACCUAGCGUGGACAUGAUGUGUAGGGCGGCCAAGGCUCUGCUGGCCAUGGCCAGAGUGGACGAGAACCGCUCGGAAUUCCUUCUGCACGAGGGCCGAUUGCUGGAUAUCUCAAUAUCAGCCGUCCUGAACUCUCUGGUCGCGUCUGUCAUCUGUGAUGUACUGUUUCAGAUUGGGCAGUUAUGACAUCAGUGAGAAGGCAGCACUGUGUGAGUGAAGACUAGAGGCUCCCGUAUAACUGGCUGUUUCUGUUGUUUAUCCAGCGUAGGAAGAAGGAAAAGAAAAUCUUUGCUCCUCUGCCCCAUCCACUAUUUACCAAUUGGGAAUUAAAGAAAUAAUUAAUUCGAACAGUUAUGAAAUUAAUAUUUGCUGUCUGUGUGUAUAAGUACAUCCUUUUGGGUUUUUUUUUUUUAUUUUGUGUUUUUUUUUAACCAAAGUUGCUGUCUAGUGCAUUCAAAGGUCACUUUUUGUUUUUCACAGAUUUUCUUUUUAAUGUUCUUUUCCAUGUUGUAUUGCAUUUUUUGGGAAGCGAAUUGACUUUAAAGAAAAAAGUUGUGGCAAAAGAUGCUAAGAUGGGAAAAUUUCACCACACUGAGGCAAAAAGGUGAAAAAUUAUCAAUUUCCUAGGUGUGUUAUUCUUCAGAUUAUGAAAAAAUAAAAACUGUAUCCCAUCGCCCAAAGCUCUGUGCAAUAGAAACUUCUAGAAAAGUAGGUUUAGGGGCUCAAGGAGGUGUGUCAGUCAGUAGUCAAACUAUGAAAUUAUACUGGUUUCUCCACAGGAAAAUGGUUACAUUAGGCUAGGAGCAAAAACAAUGUUUUUUUAAGUUAAGAUUGAAAAUACAUACCUGACAACGAUCAACGGAAAUUGCUUCCUCACCACUACCGUCGUCCUGUCUGCUGUCUGUCAUUUGACUUUCCACAUGACAGUUCUUCACAAUUCCUUUAAUCAUUUUUUAAAUAUUUUUUUUACUGCCUAUGGGCUGUGAUGUAUAUAGAAGUUGUACAUUAAACAUACCCUCAUUUUUUCUUUUCUUUUUUCUUUCUUUUUUUUUUUUUUUAGUACAAAGUUUUUAGUUUCUUUUUCAUGAUGUGGUAACUACGAAGUGAUGGUAGAUUUAAAUAAUUUUUUAUUUUUAUUUUAUAUAUUUUUUCAUUAGGGCCAUAUCUCAGAAAAAAAGAAAAAAUACAAAAAACAAAAACAAACAAAAAAAACAAAAAAAAAGAGGGUAAUGUACAAGUUUCUGUAUGUAUAAAGUCAUGCUCUAUUUCGGGAGAGCAGCUGAUCACAAUUUGCUUCAUGAAUCAAGGUGUGGAAAUGGUUGCAUAUGGAUUGAUUUAGAAAAUGGUUACCAGUACAGACAAAAAAGAAAAAAAUACAACUAAAAGGAAGAAACACAACUUCAAAGAUUUUUCAGUGACGAGAAUCCACAUUUGUAUUUCAAGAUAAUGUAGUUUAAAAAAAAAGAAAAAAACUUGAUGUAAAUUCCUCCUUUUCCUCUGGCUUAAUGAAUAUCAUUUAUUCAGUAUAAAAUCUUUAUAUGUUCCACAUGUUAAGAAUAAAUGUACAUUAAAUCUUGUUAAGCACUGUGAUGGGUGUUCUUGCAUACUGUUCUAGUUUCAUUAAAGUGGUUUGCUAGUAACCAAGUUAUUUACAAGAAAUAGAAGAAUACAGCCGUGUCCCAACAUAGUCCCUCCUUACGGAAACCCUGAGGUCGGGAGGGACCUUCAGGGGUUACCUACUUGAGAGUGGGGAGCAAAAGUUUGAUUUUCUCAAAUCAUUUAGCUAAUUAGCCUUCGUUUGAAGCAAUCAACUCUAACGACAUUGAGGUAUGAGAAUUUUCAGUAUAUACGGGAGGUGGCUGCCCGCCCACGUGGUGAGACCUCAAAGCUCGCUGGCCUGACAAUGUAACACUCUGCCUUUUACUAACCCCAUCUUAAUUUUAAUCAGAGUUCAAGCUAUUCCCAUGUCUCUUCUGUGUGCCUCCAAGUUAUUUUGCAUUUAGUUUACUCCGCGGUGUAUAAUAUUUAUAUUGUGCAAUGUUAAAAAGAAUAUGUUAUAUUGUAUGUGGUGUACAUAGUGCAAAGUGAUUAUUUCUAUUUCAGGGCAUAUGAAUAUUCUCAUAUUCCUUCCUGGUGCGCAGUAGCGUUUCAAUACUGGUCACUUCUAAUUUCAACUUUCUCUUCCUGGGUCAUCGACUGUUAUUGUGUAACAAUCAAUUUCUUUGAAACUGCUGCAGAAUUAAACUGUUAGUGGACACCCUUCUGACUCUACCUCUGCACAGGACCCUGCCAAUCACAGCAUACACACAAAUUGCGAGUCCUCUCGCCAGACCUGUUCCCCGGGUGCACCCUGCACCCGCUGAUACGUGGAAGAGGGAGACAAGAGCGUGCACUUACGAUCAGAGUGUGAAACAUUUCUCUCUAGUGUUACAAGAAAAAAAAUGGUUUUCUGCAAGUAGUCUCAUCAUUUAUCAGCUCCCACAUUACUUAGACAGUCUCCUUACAUAACAAUGCAGCCAAAUAUAUGUUGAAUUAAAAACCCAUUUAUAAUCCCUCUUUAAAUACAUCUGCUUGCCAAGAACAGAUUUGAGUGCUCCACGCUUCAAAUAUGGAGAUUUGUAAGAGGGAAUUCAAUAUUAUUCUAAUUUCUCUCUUACAGAGUAUGAAUAAAAGAUGUACACUAACUUUGAAAUUAUCUAAUAUCCCAAUUCUUUUGUCAAUCAAAAGAGUAAAAUUAUUACAAAAGACUGUUAUUGUCCUGGUUUGAGUUGUAACCGAUACCUAGAGUCUGACCAUUGAGCAACAAGUUUUUACACACUGAUACGCAAUGUUAUCUCUAGAACAAUCCAGGAGACUCUAGCAUCCUUUGUGUAUUCUCACCCCAGAAUCAAGACCACAGAAGACCAUGAAGAACGUACAGCCUGCCAGAGGUCAUCUUGCCUACAAACUGAGUUAUUGCUUUGUCCUAAAAUAGUUGUGUUUUUUUCCUAUGAGGCUUUUCAGAAAUUUACAGGAUGCCCAUACUUUAAAUGUGUACAAAAAAAGAUAAAAAUAAAGGUGCAAAGAAAGUUUAGUAUUUUGGAAUGGUGCUAUAAAGUUGAA